CAAUUACCGGCACCUCUCCACAGCUUUCGGCAGUGCUGCCUCCUUUCCUAAGCACAUCCGACACAACUUCCGGCACCUCUCCACAGCUUCCAGCAGUGCCGCCUUGUGGUGAGAUUAUUGAUGACAACCAUAAGGACGGUGAUGUUUCCACCUCCGUAGGGCAUUUAUCGGAGAAAAGCAUGUCUUGGCAAGAUUGGGAGAAUUCCUUCAUGGCGUUCAAAGCCUUCUUUGAUGGUGGCGCUUAAGAUAUGUGAGGCCAUAACUCUGGGCUCUCAUGUGGACUUCUUCAUCAACCUUGUGAGGAACCUAGCAUGUGCUGUCUUUGGAGUGCGGGCCAUUCAAAGCAUGAAAUUAUCACAUGGUUCCAGUGAGGUAAAAGCUGCUGUCGACACUUUGAUCAUUAAGCAACAGGAAUUGGACAAGCAGCGCCGGGAAGUGCAUGCCCUUUUUUUUGCUAAGGGUAUUUCUGCCGACAAUGCUGAGUGUGUGACGGAGGCAACAGCCAGAUCAUCUCCUAGUGCUUCUUUCGUUCUUUUUGGGCAUUCUUCACAGCUUCAAGGUUGUCUCCUCUUGGCUUGGUGACUGAUUAUCUUGGCGCGUGGUUCUGUUCCCUUGAAGACCAUAGGCUGCAUGGGUCUUUAGCAUGUGUAGUUUUAUCUUGCUUUGACUGUAGUUUUUUUUUUUUUUUUAGACACUCUAACGACCAUGUCGUUAUGGCUUUGUAAUGUAAUGUUGAAUCA